AUGGAUUUAGAGAAAUUAAAUUUGGAGGCUUCAUCAGGAGUUAAACUUGAAAUACAAAGUAAUUUUAACAAGACUUCUGUCAAAACAAAUGAGAUAGAAUCUAUUGGAGAAAGCAAAUUUAGUGCACAUUUAAGAUCUAAAGAUAACACUUAUUCUGUAAAUGCUAUUGAGCCAUUUCUUCCAUUAUUUGCAAGUGUUAGAGAAACAGCUGAUAACCUAGCAAAAAUAUAUAAAGAUGCAAAGCACAAUCGUCAAGUAUGUGCGGAUCUGGUUAACCGUGUGAAAAUUGUAGAACAAGAUGUUAGAUAUUUGCAGUGUCACAAACAAGAGAAUGAAAAAUAUUUUAGUAGUCAACAAUAUUACGAUGCAUGGGUUGGUUUUUGUCACGUGUUGGAUGGAGUUAAGGAGUUUGCAAAAAAUGUGACACAGCUAUCGGGUUUACAAAAGUAUGCGAAUGCAAAAGUUGUUAGAAAAAAUUUUUAUAGCGUUGUCGGCGAAUUUGAAUAUAAAUAUGGUGACAUAAAGGAAUUUUAUUCUGAUGAGAAAAGAGAACAAGAGAUAUAG